AUGGCCGACUUUGUUAAGGGCCUUUUUGGAGGCGCAAACCCUUCGCCGGUCAACGCCGUACCAUCGGCCGACUCUGACUUUGCCGACUUCGCAGACGCACCCUCUCCUACGCCGGCAUCUCUGUCGAGCACCAUCGCUACCCCUCGUGCAUACCAGACCUUUGGCGCAAAGAUUGACAUCUCGGACCGUCCCUUUACCAAGUGGUACAAUGUCCAUGAGCGCGUGACCUGGAGCGACUUCAAGACCGAAGGCUUUGUUAUCCCCUUCCUCUUGCUCACCAUAUUCAUCCACUUCUGGGGUGUCCGCGCCAACCGUCGUCGCGCCAAUGCCUGGAUCCGCAGUCACGUCAACGUUCUCGAGAACGAGUUCGCCCAGGUCGGCUUUGGCAAGAAGCUCGAUCUCGAAAACACUUCUCCCGACGUCGCCAUGUCUGCCGGUGACAAGAUUAAUCCCGAAAUCCUGCGCGAAAAGUCAAAGGAUGUUUUCCUCAGUUACGCUACUGGUCGCCAGAACGUUGUCUGUGUCGACGUCAAGCUCAGCCUGCUGAAGCGCUACAACCCCCUGUCCCUGAUCAGCGAGCUCGGCCUCGGUUUCUUCUUCGAGAGCAUGGCUGGCAACGGCGAGAAGGCCGAGAUCACUGCCUACACUUUUGACGGCAAGGAGUCCCAAUGCAUCCCCCGCGCUCGCGGCGAGGAAGAGAAGCGUUUCAAGGACACCAGCUACGACGGUUUCAUCUUCGCCAUUGUCAACAAGGACGCCAUGAGAAAGGUGCGCGAUGAGCGUUACGACGUCUCCUUGACCACCACCAAGGACCACACCAAGCUGCCUCCAUGGGUCAGUGUCAUGAGCGAGAGCGCCGAGGUCACCGAGUCGCUCAUCACUCAGGAGCUUGCAAACGCCAUCAAGGAGUGUGGUGACGACCUCGAGUCUCUCAUAGUCACCGACAUGCCUGUAGAUGCCCCCAAGACGCUCGACGAUCUGGUUCCCAAGAAGCGCCUCACACUUACCCUGAAGCUCAACUCCAACGCCAACACGGUGCCUCUCUUCUCCUACUUCCUUCGCAUGCCCGAUCAGCUUGUUUCCAGCGCCCACUUCCGUCCCGAAGUCAUGCGCCGCAUUCGCCAAACUCGUGAGGAUGAGGCCAAGAAGGUGCGCAAGAUUGUCGAGGCAGAAGGCGCCGAGGACAGAAAGUUGCUCAGCGACAAGGCCAAGAAGGAGCAGCGCGACCGCAAGCUCAAGGGCAUGAGCGCCGAUGAGCAGAAGCGCUUCCUCGAGAGAGAAAGAGAAAAGGAGCAGAGAAAGAGAAGCGGCAAGCAGACGAUGCGCGCUUAG